UGGAUAACUGCCUUGUGCUUUCGAUCCCGCUCUGCCUGCGGGAGAGCGAGAGAGGCGGCGAAGAUCCUGCCGGCUGGAAACUCUUCUGCGGCGCCGCGGCUGGCCAGACCUGGCGUGGUUGUUCGGCCGAGGGGCGCCCCAGGAUUGACUCGCGCGCGGAGCGGAGAGUGCUCGCUCGCUCGCUCCUACCGGCAGCUUUCCGAGCGUUUUGGGAGGAGGACGACAUGUUUGGCUGGGGGCUCCCUGGGGCCAUGCUGGGCGGGCUGCUGGGAUCCUGGCUCCUUCUGGCAGGAUCUAGUUCAGGGUCCAAAUGGAAAGGUCCAAAAUUAAAUAUACCAGGAAUGCAACAUGUCAUACAAGAAGGAGACACUUUAAACAUCAUCUGCAGUGGGGAAGUGGCCCUUUCAUGGUCUACACCUGAAAGUCUGAGUAAAGACAGCAAACGACUCAGUAUAUCGUCAUAUAGUUGUGGAAGGAAUGACAAACAGUUCUGUAGCAGCCUGACCUUAAACCAAGCUCAAGCAAGUGACACAGGACAUUAUAGCUGCAAAUACCCAUCCUCAAGUGCUGUAAGAAAGAAGACCAUAUCCUCAAUAUACGUAUUUAUUAAUGAUACACGCAAUCCAUUUGUAAAGCUGCACCGAGAUAUACCACAAAUGAUACUCAUGAAUUAUGGACAAGAGCUUAUCAUCCCAUGCAGAGUUACAGCCCCAGAUAUCCGUGUGACGUUGAUCCAGGUGAAAGGAAAAACCAUAGUUCCUGAUGGGAAGACAAUAAUCUGGGAUAGUACGAAGGGUUUUAUCAUACAAAAUGCAACCUAUGAGUUCACAGGCCUUUUCAGCUGCAAAACAAGUAUUGAUGGGCGUGACUUCAGCAGUAAUUACCUGACAUUCAGGAUGACCAAUGAAAUCCUUAGUGUCCACUUAAAUGGCUCAAGGCCUGUCAAGUUAUUAAAAGGACAGAGGCUUGUCCUGAAUUGUACCAUCACUGCAGCAUGGAACACAAGAGUGCAAAUCACGUGGCAUUAUCCCAGUGAGACAAGCCAAAGAGGUAACAUAACUAAACACAUUAUACAAAGGAAUGAUGGACACAAUCUAUUCUACAGUAUUCUUGCUCUUGAUAAAGUCCGUAAUGUUGACAAGGGGCAGUACACUUGCCACGUGAAGAGUGGCCCAUCUGUGAAAUUGAUUAAUACAACUGUUCAUAUUUAUGAUAAAGCAUUCAUCAAUUUGAGACAUCGUCGAAAAAAUGUGCUGGAUGUUGUAUCCGGCAAGAAAUCCUAUCAACUUUCCAUGAAAGUGAAAGCAUUUCCUGCACCAGAGGUUGUAUGGUUGAAGGAUGGGUUACCUGCUGCUGAAAUGUGUGCCCGGUAUAAAAUUAAAGGAUAUUCACUCAUCAUAAAGCGUGUGGCUGAAGAAGAUGCAGGAAAUUACACUAUAGUGUUGAGCACCCGGAAAUGGGACCUACAAAAAAACUUAACAGUCAUGCUCAGGAUAAAUGUGAAACCUCAGAUUUAUGAAAAAGUAUCAUCCAUUCCUGGCCCUAAUCUCUAUCAGCUAGGAAGCAAACAGACUCUAACUUGCAUUGUUUAUGGUGUUCCCAAACCUACAAUUAAGUGGACCUGGCAACCCUGUCAACAGAAUCAGUCUGCAACAAGGUUUGAGUUUUGCUCUCAUCCAGGAAGAACUUACAUCUUGAAAUCUGGGAGCACUACCGGAAACAGAAUCCAAAGCAUUGCACAAAGAACAGCAGUAAUAGAGGGAAAGAAUAAGACUGCAAGCAUAUUGGUUGUGGCUGAAUCCAGGUCAUCUGGAAUCUACGGCUGCAUUGCGUCCAAUAAAGUAGGAAGUGACAAAAGAAGCAUAAGUUAUGUUGUCACAGAUGUACCCAAUGGAUUCCAUAUUAACUUAAAGAAAACACCUAUUGAAGGAGGAACCCUGGUGUUGUCCUGUUUAGCCAAUAAGCUUCUAUACAAAGACAUCACCUGGUUGUUGCCAAGGACAGUUAGCAACAACCAGACAAGAAUUAAAAAGGCAUCUGCUAAGGAGUAUUCCACUGAGCUCAGCCUCACCAUCAAGAACGUCACACUUGAACAUUCAGGAACCUACACCUGCCGAGCACGGAACAUACACACUGGGGAAGAACAGCUCCAAAAGAAAGACGUUACAGUCAGAGCUCAGGAAGCACCAUACCUGCUUUGGAACCUUACGGAUCAGGUUGUCAACACAACUCACUCUGUUAGUCUGGAGUGUCAUGCUCACGGUGCACCAGAACCGCAGAUAUCCUGGUAUAAAAACAACAAGCAAAUACAGCAAGAACCAGGUAUAAUAUUAGGGCCAGGAGGCCAGAGUUUGCUGAUCGAAAGAGUUCAGGAAGAUGAUGCUGGACACUACCAGUGUGUGGCUACUAACGUGAAAGGGACAGUGGAGAGUUCAGCCUACAUCACAGUACAAGGAGGAUCAGAAAGCUCGAACUUGGAGCUAAUAACCUUGACUUGCACCUGUGUGGCAGCAACGCUCUUCUGGCUUCUUUUGACGCUCUUCAUACGUAAGCUAAAAAGGCCUCAUUCUUCAGAAAUCAAGACAAAUUAUUUGUCAAUCAUAAUGGAUCCUGAAGAAGUCCCUUUAGACGAACAAUGUGAACGGCUUCCUUACGAGGCCAGCAAAUGGGAAUUCGCCCGGGAAAGGCUUAAAUUGGGAAAGACUCUUGGACGAGGCGCUUUUGGGAAAGUAGUGCAAGCUGCUGCUUUUGGAAUUAAAAAGUCACCUACAUACAAAGUAGUUGCUGUGAAAAUGUUGAAAGAAGGCGCUACAGCAAGCGAGUACAAAGCUCUGAUGACUGAGUUGAAGAUCUUGAUACAUAUCGGCCAUCAUCUGAAUGUUGUGAAUUUGCUGGGUGCUUGCACAAAGAGCGGAGGACCGCUAAUGGUGAUUGUUGAAUAUUGCAAAUAUGGAAACUUAUCAAGCUACUUGAAGAGCAAAAGGAAUUUCUUUUCUAUCACUAAGGAUGCAUCCAUUCAAGGAGAGGCGAUGACAGAAGAGAAAGAUGUUGCGCCUAUCUGCAGUAAGAAAAGGAGACUGGAAAGUGUCCCAAGUCGGGAGAGUUUAGCAAGCUCCGGGUUUCAAGAAGAUAAAAGUUUAAGUGAUGUUGAGGAGGAAGAGGAGAACUCUGAUUAUUUUUACAAGUCACCCCUGACUAUGGAAGACCUGAUUUCUUACAGUUUUCAAGUGGCUAGAGGCAUGGAGUUCUUGUCCUCUCAAAAGUGCAUCCAUCGUGACUUAGCAGCCAGAAAUGUCCUUUUAUCUGAAAACAAUGUUGUGAAGAUCUGUGAUUUUGGCCUUGCAAGAGAUAUUUAUAAGAAUCCUGAUUAUGUGAGAAAAGGCGAUGCACGUCUCCCCCUCAAAUGGAUGGCACCAGAAUCUAUAUUUGAUAAAAUCUACAGCACCAAAAGCGAUGUCUGGUCAUUUGGAGUGCUGUUGUGGGAAAUAUUUUCUUUAGGUGCAUCCCCAUAUCCUGGGGUUCAGAUAGAUGAAGCCUUUUUCAGCAAGUUAAAAGAAGGCAUAAGAAUGAAAGCCCCGGAUUUCGCAACUGCGGAAAUAUAUGAGAUCAUGCUGGACUGUUGGCAGGGUGAUCCAAACAGAAGGCCGAGGUUCUCGGAGCUCGUGGAAAGAUUAGGGGACCUACUUCAAGCAAGUGUACGACAGGAUGGCAAAGACUACAUCCCUCUGAAUACUAUACUAGCAAUGGAUACUGGACUUAAUUCCUCUCCAACUUCCUUUAAUUCUCAUAAGAGAGAAACUGAUUCAGUGCCAGUUUUCAAUAAUCCAAGCACAGAAAAUAUCAGGAAAUAUGCUAAUCCCUUCAGAAUGAAGCUGCCUCAGAGGGUCAAGACCUUUGAAGAACUUUCAUCCAAGGGCAAAACUAAACAUGAUGAUUACCAAGGGGACAGUGGAAUAGUGUUGCCUUCAGAAGAACGGAAACGUUUUACAUGGACAGGCAGCAAGCAAAAGCAGACUUUCUUUGGCCUCCUUUCUGGCAGCAGAAGCAAAGAAUCUGUCCUUUCUGACACAACCAAGUCGAACAUGUACAGUUUCAGCUGCAGCCAUAUCAGCGACGUGACUCGGCCAUUUACCUGUGGCAAUCUAACAUGGGAAGGGAAGCCAGUACAGGGGUUUCUUCCUCCGAGCUAUACUUCUGUGGUUCGGUAUUCUACUCCACCAGUUUAAAACAGGAUUUCUCCAACUUCUCAAAGCAGCUGCAAUUCCCUGUUAUCACCAUUUUAAUGCUGAACAGUCCUUACUGAUCCAUCACCACCACUUAGAGCACAGAGGAUUCUUUCCAUGAAGCACCGGGAGCACCUCUGCUCUGCCCCGGUGGAUCAUCUACUGGGGUGUGCCUUGCUCCCUCCAACAAUGGGACUUUUAAAGUGAGCAUGUGCAGGAAGAGAGAGAAGGCUUGCUGAGUGGACUGGGGGAGUGUGUCUCUGUAAUAUUUCCUUCCUGACAGCAGACUUUUGCACUGGUCCCACACUACCAAAGGGUGUAGUAACACUGGCUAGACCAGAAGCAGCCUUUAAACGAGUCUAAUCAAGUCUAUUGCCAAAAGAGACUUUUUCUAACCAUGUGUCUGAGCACUGCUCCAUAAGUACUUCUGCCUUUUAGCCCAAAACACACACAUUUCAUCAACAUGCAUCUGGGGGAUGGUGCUUGCUCCUCAAGGAACGCCUGAAGGAUUGCAAAAACUUGCAAAAGCAGUUCAGCUAGAUGUCACAGUAGGGACACAAAAAUGAAUGCAAGAUUUUAGCCUGCCUCUGAAACCUAUCCACACUAAAAACAUUGGUUUUAAUACAGUAUCAUCUAGCAUGCCCCCCUUACUUACACACACACACACACACACACACACACACACACACACACACACACAGAGUUUGGGGAUUUUAGUUUGGGAAAGGUGCUGAAAUGCCUGUUAUGACGACUUCCUUGUCCCACCCAUCCCAUGCCCAAAUGACAGCUUGCAGGGAGAGGGGAAAAAUGAGUUUUCUGUAAGCAAGUGAAAUCUGUGGAUGGUUUGGUGGAGGGCAGGGUUACAGUUUGCAAAGAGAUCCCCAAAGAAAUACUCGGGAAACUUUUUAAAUUGCAGUUAACUGCGGGGAUCAUACAGAGUAAGGACUAGAACACUUCAUUAUUGCUACUGUAAGGUUUUGUAUGCACCCAUACAGCAAAAUUCUGGAAGAGGUGGCCCUGUCCUGUCUCAGACCAGGGACAGGUGAGGCAUGGCUGAGUAUCUUACAGCCAUUUUGAGGUUUCUUUAUAUGAGGCUUUUAACCAGCUCCUUUACUGAGGUUUUUGCUUCCAGAGUCUUGGCUUCUUCACACGUUUUUCCCUCCAGAAUUUUUCUUUCUGUCUUUCUGUAUGUUUUAUAGCACAACUACAGGGUAACAUUGCAGUAUACCAGAAUUGCAAACAUGCACGAACUUUUCAUGAGUGAUUUCUAAAUCAUACAGACUUUCUUCAUGUACAAAAAGCCAUGAAAAUGGCUGAGGGUGCAAGAAAUGCUCUGGAGGGUGAAGACAUUGUGGGAAGCACCUACAAACUAGUAAGAGAGGAACAUGAGCACCAAGUAAAUGCCUCAUGUAGAAAAGCUCUUGAUUCUCACAGCCAACAGCUUCACCUCAGUUUUCAAUUGCCACCACACUAUUUAAGUGUGAAAUCUGGUACUGAGGGUGGAACACAGUUUGCUGGGAAUUUCAGCUGCCUCUUAGCAGACAGAGACAGACAUUUCUAGUAUUGGUUGCAGAUAGGCUGGAAAUUUGCAAGAAAAUCCCAAUUAAGAUUUCAAAGUCACUAAUAAGAUUGGUUAAGCAGAUUAUCUCUGGGUGGUGCGGAAAUUCAGUAGCCCGCAUAGCGCUUUACCUUGCCGCUAACUGGUGCAACAUUUACACUGGCAAAAUAAAGAUGCACAAUGUGGAUUAACAAAGGUAUUCGCACAUGUUUUUCUUGAUACAGAAUUUGGGAUCUUAAUUUCAAAUAUAUAGAUUCUUCUUUUAAAGAAACAGAAUAUACCAUUCUAUAUUUAUCUAUUAUACUGCAUUCUGCUUUUAUACUCCCAGUUGCAAGUGACAGCACGCUUACACGUCAUGCCAAACGGCUGCAGUUAAUGGAGAGUUAAACCAGUGUGCUGGCACAGCUAUGCGUAUAGAAUGGGAAGGCCAGAUAAGCUUUGUCUGAAAUACCUGCUGAGUCUAGUCUUAUUGCUGCUAUUACUGUAUCAUUUAUGAAGUGCUAAAACUGUGCUGCUACAUUUGUUUAUGUUAAGGGGUGAAUAGUAUAACUGAGAACCAUUGUUUUGGUUUAGUAGUAAACUGCUGUGAUGGAUGCUCUAUAGAAAUAGCUAAUAUUGAUGAUUAAUUAUGAAAGCAAUGAAACACAGGUUGUCAUGCUUCAAGGGUCAUACUUCUAAAGACACAUGUAUGGAAUUGCCAUUAGGUGCAGGAGCAUUUUACAACACUCAUUUCUAAAAACCAUAUGCUUGCGUUCUUUGUAUUCUUUAUUAAACAGAAAAGCACUGGCCAACCUCUGAGACAGUUUACCUAGAGCACAAAACUAUGGCCACUGAAUGCUGUCUAGAGGGCCACAUUGCGAAUCCCAGCUCCAGCCCUGGAAAAACAGCCUGAGGUUGGAGCCGGGGCUCCAGAUGCAGAGUGCCUGCCCUUCCUUCCCCCUUGUUGCCAGCACAGUUCUUUCCACAUGAGCUGUAGCCCCAAAGUCGCAAGUGCAACUUCAGAGCUGGCAUGACGGGGGGGCAUCCAAGGGGGUAUAAGGAUCCCAGCAGUGCCUCAGACCCUCCUCCUCUUGAGCAGGGAUGGCUGAUAUUUUUGAAGGCAAGGAGAGCUCUCUUCCUACCUUCCAUGGAUGCCCAUAACUGCCUGGAUUUGGAGAGUUUUCUAAGUAGGGUAUUCAGAGUCAUCCGUAUUUAAAAGUCAAGAUCUAGUGCUUCCAAUGAAUCUUUUAAAAUGAGAAUUUAAAAUUAUUCUUCGAAGUGAAGUUACUAAUGAAAACUGGAUGUACAUAACUUAUUCCUGCACCUUAAUUUUUAAUCUGUUUUUAUGUGUGUUUUCUAAAUUUUCACAAUAAAAGACAUUUCCAAA